AUUUUCUCCCUAAGAAGUAGAGUGAGUUCUCACACUGAAAAUACAUAACCUAUCCAGAAAAGAACAUGGCGGGGCGCAAGCCCAUAGGGUCUUCCCACCCUCGCCUCGACGUCAACCACCGUCUCCCCCACCCUUCCUCCUCCGCCGCCGCACGCGCCCUCCCUAUCGCCGUCCUCGAGGAACGCGUCGAAGCUCGCCACCGUCAGAUCCAGUCCCUCCUCGUUGACAACCAGCGCCUCGCCGCUACCCACGUCGCCCUCAAGCAGGACCUCGCCGCUACACAGCUCGACCUCCGCCGUAUCUCCUCCGUCUCCGCGGAACUCAAGGCUGAACGCGACGCCGAGGUACGCCGGAUCUACGAGAAGUCUCUUAAACUCGACACCGAUGCUCGCGCUGUCGCCGCCAUGUCCGCCGAGCUCGACCAGGUCCGCGCCGAAGCUCGUGAGCUCGCCUCCGCCGGUGAGGAACUCGCCGCGAAGCUCAGCUCCGUCGAGAGUGACCUCGCCAGGGCGCGUGCUGAGGCUCAGGUCGUGCCAGCGAUCAAGGCUGACAUAGAGAUCGUUCGCCGCGAAAUUCAGCGAGGAAGGAAUGCUGUUGAACUCGAGAAGAAGACAUAUGCUGCCAAUCUUGAGCAAAGACGAACAAUAGACAACAACAUGAUUAUUAUGGCCCCUGAAAUUGAGAAGUUGCGUACUGAGCUGGCUAAUGCAGAAAAGAGGGCGAGGGCUGAAAUUACUGAAGCUAGAAACCCAAGUCCUGGAUAUGUUGCAACUCACAAUCCAGAGGUGGGACAUGGAGGAAUGUCAUUUCCUCCUGAUUCAUAUAGCAUGCAUCAGAUUCAACAGGGGGUUGAUGGUCAUCAUCAAUAUGCAUCUGGAACACUACAUCAUCCAUAUGACAUGCAGCAUACACAUGUGCCUAGAUAGCAACCAACAAUGUUUCAUUCUUGAAAGAAGAGAACGGAAACUAUGUAAAGGAAAACUUCAAACAGGUGAUGCCACCUUGUUUUCUGAAAGAAACUAACGAAAUAACAAAUCUAUUUUUCUGAUAUCUUAAGAUAGUCAUUAGUUCCUAAGCUUGUAUAUAUGUGUUGUUGUUGAUUCUUAAAAAAAAUCUUACAAUCCAACAUCUUAAUAGUUUACAAUUGAAGACAAACUGUAUUUAAUGUCUGCCAUUAUUCU